ACCCAACCAGUCCUAGCAGGUACUUCUGUCCCCCGAAACGUUUCCUGAACUCUACCCGCCGACGUUCUUACCAACCGAACCCUAACUCUCAUUCCAUCGAAGCCCUCGCCACCUCCAGAGAUCGAUCGAUCUAUCGAGAGAGAGAGAGAGAGAGAGAUGGUGGGGAUGGAGGAAGAGGAGUUGCCAGCCGGAAGCCAGUCGCGGCCGCAGGCCACGGUCGGCGGCGUCGCCGGUGGCGUCCACUACCUGGCCAAGUGCGUCCUCCGUGGAAGCGCCGUCCUUCAGGCCGUCCAAGGCCACCUCCGUUCCCCCUCCUCCAUCGACGUCGUCUUGGGAAAGGAGACAUCACUUGAAUUGGUAGUAGUCGGCGAAGAUGGAAUUGUACAAUCAAUCUGUGAGCAAAGUGUAUUCGGCACGAUAAAAGAUCUUGCUAUACUGCGGUGGAAUGAGAAAUUUCAUGAAGCUAUGCCUCAGGAACAAGGGAAAGACCUUUUAGUUGUUCUUUCAGAUUCUGGAAAGCUUUCUUUUCUUACCUUUUGUUUGGAAAUGCAUAGGUUCUUUGCCAUGACACACAUUGAAUUAUCCAAACCAGGAAACUCGAUUCAUCAACUGGGAAGAAUGUUAGCUGUUCAUCCUGAAGGUUCUUUUGUUGCUGUUAGUGCAUAUGAAGACCGAUUUGCCCUGUUUUCUGUUUCUAAAUCUGCUGGAAGCAAUGUUGUUGGUGAGAAAAUCUUCUAUCCACCAGAAAAUGGAGGAGAGAUGAGCACUACAAUGGAUACAUCAAUGACUAGCAUCCGUGGUACAAUUUGGAGCAUGAGCUUCAUUUCAAAUGGCACUGGUCAUCUAAGCAUAGGAGGAUAUGAUCCUGUAUUGGCGAUAAUAAUGCACAGGAAAGUCUCUGCCAUGAAUGACUUGAUAUUGUUUGGAUGCAACUCUCGGACACAUACUAUUCAUUUUCUAUCUCGAUUUGCAGAACCUGGACCUCUUGCACUUAGUGUAUCUGCAGUGCCUCAUCUUUCUGGCUUUGCAUUUCUGUUUAGGAUUGGCGAUGUGCUUUUAAUGGAUCUUAGAGACCCAGAAAAUAUCUGUUGUAUUCACAGGAUUAACUUAAAUUUACCUAGUGUUAUUGAAGAGCGAAAUUCUAUUGAGGAAUCAUGUAGAGGACUAGAUGUUGAUGAUGAAGGUAUGUUUAAUGUAGCUGCUUGUGCUUUGCUAGAAUUGAGAGAUUCUGCUGAUUAUAUGGUCAAGGAUGAUGACCCUAUGAACAUUGAUAGUGGAAGUGGUAAAGGAAAUUUAAAUCACAAGCAUGUGUGUUCAUGGAGUUGGGAACCUGGUGAGUCAAUGAGUUCAAAGUUGAUCUUUUGUUUGGACACAGGGGAACUGUAUAUAAUUGAAAUCAAUUUCGACACUGAGGGAGUCAGAGUUAAUUUAUCUGACUGUCUCUACAAGGGAUUGCCUUGCAAGGCACUGCUAUGGGUCAAUGGUGGGUUAAUUGCAGGGCUUGUAGAGAUGGGGGAUGGGAUGGUCCUCAAGUUGGAGCAUGGUAGGUUGCUUUACAGAAGUCCCAUUCAAAACAUAGCACCAAUUCUGGAUUUAUCUGUUGCUGAUUACCAUGAUGAGAAACAGGAUCAAAUGUUUGCCUGUUGUGGAAUGAGUCCUGAGGGAUCAUUAAGAAUUAUUCGAAGUGGUAUCAGUGUAGAAAAGCUUUUAAGGACUGGCCCGAUUUAUCAAGGAGUAACUGGUACAUGGACACUGAGGAUGAAAGAAGGUGAUUCUCACCAUUCUUUUCUUGUGUUGUCUUUUGUUGAAGAAACUAGAGUACUGUCAGUUGGUUUAAGCUUUGUUGAUGUCAGUGAUGCUAUCGGUUUUCAGUCUGAUGUUUGCACUUUGGCCUGUGGCAUGGUGGCUGAUGGGUUGCUCGUGCAAAUUCACAGGACAGGUGUAAGACUUUGUUUACCCACUACAUUUGCUCAUACUGAAGGUGUCCCUCUUUCUGCACCAAUUUGCACCUAUUGGUAUCCUGACACUGUGACCAUCAGUGUGGGUGCAGUUGGAUGCAAUUUGAUAAUUGUAGCUACUUCUAAUCCUUGCUUUCUAUAUAUUCUUGGAGUCAGAUCACUUUCAGCUUAUCAUUAUGAAAUAUUUGAGAUUCAGCAUGUGAGACUGCAGCAUGAAGUAUCUUGCAUAUCUAUACCACGAGGACAUGUCAACCAUGGGCUUUUAACUUCAGAAGUUAGAUUGGCUCACAAGGAUCAUGAGGCUAGUCUCUCAAGUAAAGUUGAAAUUAGUAAGCUUUUUGUCAUUGGUACGCAUAAACCAUCAGUGGAAAUUCUUUCAUUUUCCCCUGUAGGAAGCAUCAGAGUCCUUGCUAUCGGAAGCAUCUCAAUAAAUAAUAUACUGGGAAGCCCUAUUACUGGUUGCAUCCCUGAAGAUGUUAGACUUGUAUCAAUUGAUCGGCCCUAUGUUCUUUCAGGUCUGAGAAAUGGAAUGCUACUUCGGUUUGAGUGGCCUGCAAUCUCUACAUUUUCCCGGUCAGAACCAAACAGACAGAGCCAAUUUAGUAGUUCUUGCUUUAGGGAAGUUGAAAAUUCCUCAUUGAAAACCAUGUCUACAUAUUCACUUGGCAAGAUGAUGGAGAAUACUGAAAAACCUAUGCCAGUUCUUUUACAAUUGAUUGCCAUCCGUCGCAUUGGGAUUACUCCUGUAUUUUUGGUAUCUCUGCAUGAUUCACUUGAUGCAGACAUUAUUAUUCUCAGUGAUAGGCCUUGGUUAUUGCAUUCUGCAAGACACAGCCUUGCAUAUACAUCUCUCUCAUUUCAGUCUGCAACUCAUGUAACCCCAGUGUGUUCUGUCGACUGCCCCAAGGGAAUUUUAUUUGUUGCAGAGAACUGCUUACAUUUGGUUGAAAUGGUUCAUAGCAAGAGACUUAACGUGCAGAAGUUCCCCAUUGGAGGCACACCACGAAAAGUUUUAUAUCAUAGCGAAAGUAAAACAUUGUUGGUGAUGAGGAUUGGACUAACUGAUGCUACAUGCUCGUCAGACAUAUGCCGUGUAGAUCCUCUCAGUGGGACACUGCUUUCAAAAUUUAAGUGUGAACCUGGGGAAACAGCAAAAUGCAUGCAAAUAGUGAGGGUGGGAAAUGAGCAAGUGUUGGUUGUUGGGACCAGUCAGUCUGCUGGCCGGACCAUUAUGCCCAGUGGUGAAGCUGAAAGUGCCAAGGGACGCUUGAUUGUGCUGAGCUUGGAUAGUGCACAAAGUUCUUCAGAAGGCAGCUCGCUGAUCUAUUGUUCAACUUUGAAUCCUUCAUCCCGAGUUGGUUCACCAUUCCGUGAAAUUGUUGGUUAUGCAACUGAACAGUUAUCAAGCAGCAGUCUUUGCAGCAGUCCAAAUGAUACUUGCUGUGAAGGAAUUCAACUUGAAGAAAUGGGAGCAGUGCAGUUGCGGUUAAUUUAUCAAAAUACAUUAUCUGGUGCUGUACUCUCUGUUUGUCCAUAUCUUGACCGAUAUGUCGUGGCAUCUGCUGGUAAUAUUCUCUUUGUUUUUGGUUUUGUGAAUGACAAUCCUCAGCGGUUGAGAAGGUUUACUUCAGCGAGGACACGGUUUACUAUAACUUGUUUGAAGACUCAUUUUACAAGAAUAGCAGUCGGUGACUGUCGUGAUGGUAUCCUUUUCUACUCUUAUCAUGAGGAGCUUAAGAAACUGGAGCUAUUAUAUUCUGAUCCUGUUCAGAGGUUGGUUGCUGAUUGUGCUCUUAUGGAUUGUGACACUGCUGUAGUAUCAGAGCGUAGAGGGAAUAUAUCUGUUCUGUCAUGCACAAAUAAUUUAGAAGUUAGUGAAAGCCCAGAAAAAAACCUGGUGCUAAAUUGUUCAUUUUACAUGGGAGAGACUGUUAUGAGCAUUCAGAAGGCUUCAUUUUCGUACAAACUUCCAGUGGAUGAUGUAUUGAAUGGUUGUGAUGGUGCGGAGGUAGUCUUAGAAUCUGCCUACAACAGUGUUGUUGCAAGUACAUUGCUAGGAAGUGUGUGGAUCCUUAUUCCUAUUACGAGUGAGGAGCAUGAAUUAUUAGAAGCUGUUCAAGGGAGACUUGCAGUUCAUCCAUUGACUGCUCCAAUCCUAGGAAAUGACCACAAGGAAUUCCGUGGGCGUGGGUUACCGGUGGGAGUACCUACCAUACUUGAUGGAGACAUGCUUGCCCAGUUCUUGGAGCUAACUAGCAUGCAACAAGAAGCUGUGCUUGCAUCAUCUGGCUUGCAGAGUACAAGACCUUCAACUUCAGACUCGCAACAUUUGUUUAUCUCUGUCAAUCGGGUUGUGCGGCUGCUGGAGCGAGUUCAUUGUGCCCUUAACUAGGCUUUCCCGUUUUGAGUCCUUUCCCCUGCAUUGGACCAGACGGCUGUACCAACACACAUCAGAGUCCCACUUGAAAUGGGCUUAUGUAGCUCAUCUGCGCAUCGUAGAAAUAACGGUCACCAGUGCAGCUGGUGCAUGGAACCAUCUUCAUCUGCAGUGGUCUUUCAUGCGACAUUCAUGUACAAAAGUGAGCCAGAUUUUUUCUGGAAGCCCUGGAUCCAGGAGGAAGCCUUGUAAAACCAGAAGGGCAUAAGGGCAUCCUUGUGCAGGAGCCUAUACUGUUAGGGGACCUUUCAGAAGCUAGGCCAUUGUGGAGAACCUGCAUCACGAUAUAUGAUUUGUUCUCUCUUGUGUCUGUGCAUGCAUUAAUACUGUUUUUGUUGAUGUCUUGCAAGGAAUGAAUCUCUGACACAAAGCAUUUCCGCCAGUAUCCACUGUCCAAGCACUAAACUUUCUUUCUAGUCUCUGUCACUCAUUGUCAUUUAGAAUUUGAACAGGUAAGAUUUU